AUGUCGAAAGAUCCAUUUGAUAUCAAGGUAUAAGGAAAAUCAACUCAAGAUCAAAUUGCUUCUUACUUAGUUAAGGUUGUAUUAGGUCUUAGAGACAAAGAAAAUACAUAAAAGUCUGUUAAGCUUUUAGGGUCUGGUUCAGCCAUUCCUCAUGCGAUUUUGGUUGCUGAAAUUAUUAGAUCGAGAAUUAAAGGUGUUAAGUCAAUCACAUAAUUCGAAAGCAUGCCAAAAGACAUCAAAGAUCAAAAUGAUAAAUAGCAAGAACAUCAAAUAUACAUCCCGGCAAUCCGAAUUACUUUGACAAUGACUCCAACUGAAGAAGAAUAGGGUAUGCCAGGAUUUCAAGAGUAAAAUGAAGUGGGAGAUGAUAAACAUACUGAACUUUUUGAUUAUGUAAUGAUGUACAUUCGAAAUCUUUACUUUUCGAAAAGAAACUUUAUAGACUAAAGAAGAGAUAAUAGAGAUAAUAGAAAUAAUAGAGAUAAUAGAGAUAAUAGAGACAAUAGAGAUAAUAGAGACAAUAGAGAUAAUAGAGACAAUAGAGAUAAUAGAGAUAUUAGAAAUAAUAGAGAUAAUAGAGAUAAUAGAGACAAUAGAGAUAUUAGAGAUAAUAGAAUUAAUAGAGACAACAAUCAAAGACAAGAUGAUGAUGGCAGAAAAAAUAAAGAAAGUAAAUCCAAUUACCAAGACAAUAAAUAAAAAUAUCAAUAAACAAGAGAUCAUUAAACUAAUCCAGAUAAAUCAGACAAUUGGAAUAAGGAUAGAGAUCAAUUCUAAUAAACAUAAAAUUAACGCACUUUUCAAACUAGAGGAGGUUACAAGACUCGGGGAAAUGAUAGAGAUGGCAGAGUAUCAAGACCUAGGAAUAACUAUGAAAACAGAGGUGAACAAGCAAGAGAAACACCAUAACCGCCCCCAGUUAUUAAACAAGGUGAAAUUCGCAGCAGAGGAGGCUAAUAGAGGGCUCAACAUUGAUAUUAUUUACAUUAUAUACAGUAUUUGUUUGAUAAAUUCUUCUAUUA